AGCGGCUCCCGAGGUACGGGCGGAGCGAGCGCUGCGGGCGGAGCAAGGCCCAGCGCGGCGCAGAGGGUAGCCGGCCGCCGUCCCCCACGCCGCCGGAGCCCGACCCGGCAUGCUAAUCGCACAGAGGCCGGUCUCGGAGCCGGUCGCCAUUCGGUCGCCCGCUCCGAUCAGGCAGGACGUGUGCGCCCGCUAAGCCUCGCCAGGAUUAUGAUGAGCCGCGUAUGAUGAGCACGCGGAUGACGAGCCCCGAGCCGACGGAUGGGAGUCGGUCCGGGUCGCCGGCGUCGCCCGUGCCGUCGCAGAUGGCCCCGGUGCCCGAGGUGGCCGCCCUCAAGCCCCGACUGUCCUUCAGCAUCAGCCGCCUGCUGGGCGACGACGACUCCGGCGGCGAGCGGCCGCGCCGGCCGGCCAGCGACGGCAGCGGACACCACGGGGGCGAGCCGUCGUCGCCGCUCAUGGGCAUGGGCGAGAUGCCCGCCGCGCUGGUCGCAGCACAGCUCAGCCCGCUCCACCUUGGUGCCAACGGGACUGUGAUUCGCGUGCCGGCUCAUCGGCCGGCGCCCAUGAACGCCUUUCCGUCGGCCGCCUUUCCCUGGAUUGGGCCGCCGCACCCCGCCGUCAAAGACCGCCUCCAAGUCCCCUUCGGCCUGCCGAGCGCCAUGCCCCCCGUGCCACCCCGGAGGAUCGGCCACCCGUACCAGAACCGGACGCCCCCCAAGCGGAAAAAGCCCCGCACGUCCUUCACACGCAUGCAGAUAUGCGAGCUCGAGAAGCGCUUCCACAAGCAGAAGUACCUGGCCAGUGCGGAGCGGGCGGCGCUCGCCAAGCAGCUCAAGAUGACCGACGCCCAGGUCAAGACGUGGUUCCAGAACCGCAGGACAAAGUGGAGGAGACAGACGGCCGAAGAGCGCGAAGCCGAACGCCACGCCGCCAACAGACUCAUGAUGUCACUCCAGGCUGAGGUGGUGAGCAAGUCCAUCUACGAGGGCGCCAGGGACUCGCUCUGCAUGAGCAACGCCUCGCUCCACGCGCUCCAGUCGCUCCAGCCGUGGGCAUCGGAAGUGGCAGCUAACGCCCUCCACGCCGGCGCGGGCGACCGAAGCUCGGCGGCAGCGUACCUGGGCAACCCCUCGCUCACUUCGCCACUCUGCUGAGUCUCCGCACUGCCGACGGACCACCGCGCUAUGAUCUCGGACAACGGGCAUUAAGCCACCCAGCCAUCGCGGCCACCGGCGUCUCCCACUGGCGAGGGGCUCUGUUCCCGGCCUUAAGGACGAGGCGGGCGGGGACCACAUGCAAUAACGACGCCGUGGACCAGCGGCUGGGUGUGUGUUGUUGUGUGCCGAUCUUGGGACUCGGGCUGUGGGUGCGAGCGUUCGACGGGACGCUAAAGAAAACCGACCGGUGUUUUCUUUUUUUCUUUUGCGUCGAAAGAGCGCAGCCCUCGUCCUGCUUUUGCAAGAAACUCGAUCCCGAUUUGGGUGACAUCGUUCCUACACUAGUGCGAAUAGAAGGCAAGACGAAACAGAAGGAAGUUAGUCUUUCGCGGCAUGCUGAGAAGCAGCCCGCGGGAGUUCCUAGAGAUGCGUUUUUCAUACUGCCCUGGUAUGUGCACGUUUAACCAUAGUGAGAUUUCGUCAACAGCAAGUGGCCGAGAGACCGCGUUAAGUGGGACGAGGACUGCACGGUCCGUAGAAAGAAGACAAAAGACAAACCGAGUGCUGACAAAAAAAAGAAAAAAAAGAAGAUGACUCUGAAAGCAUCCUUUUUCAAACCAAAUACGCGUACGAAAAAUCGCACUAACUACCCGAACCGGGGCACACACACACAAAAUGAACGGCGUGGCAAAAGUGACAAUCACGGACAGUCCAAUCCGGGAAAUUGCAGACUUCCCAUCGAAGCGUUGGGCCCGCAUUCCACGAGCCAUGGUCACCACGCGACAAAAGUGCCAUGACAGCGACGCGAGCCUCUAGCAAGAACUGUGUACUAGUCCUCCACGCACAUUUGCGGGCCGGAGCACGGAACGAACGCUGCGGCCGCUUCUCCACUGACCAGUGUCUUCCGCGUCGUGUAACUCUUCUUUCUUUCUGUUUCCUUGUUUUGUUUGUGUGUGUGUGUGUUGGGGGGGGGGGGGGGGCAUGUCUCUGGCACACUCAACAUAUGUAUAGGUACCAUCCUGUUUCUUUACCAUUAUUAGCAUCCUCUCCCUGCUCCAUUCCUUUUUUAUUUUUUUUUCUCGUUUCUUUUGAGAAACAUGAGCGUGGGAUGUAGGUGCUCGUGGCUUUUUGCACAGAUAAUUAGUUGGCGUUCUUCGUGUUAGUAGACCGGUGUUCGUAGACACUCGUGUCCGACGUCACCGCUACGUCGGAGCCAAAGAAAAAAAAAA